CAAGGGGGCGGGCUGGUGUCGCGGGAGCGGGGCGCGAGUUCUCGUGAGAUCUCGGUGCAGGACGAGGAGGGAGAUCCAAGCCGGAGCAAGGGAGCCAGCUGCGGCGGCAGAGAGUUCACCAUGGAGAACCUGGAGGAUAAUACAACUGUGUUCUCCACCCUGAGAUCUUUCAACAACUUCAUUUCACAGCGUGUGGAGGGGGCAUCUGGUCCAGCCACACCAGGAUCAUUUCAAAGUACCUUGCAUAUGCAGUACCAGCAGAGGGUGCAGCUGGAGGAAGAAGCUGGGCAAAUCCGUUCCAAAUCUCAGCUCCUGCAAGUGGAACGGGAGAAGAUGCAGAUGGAGCUGAGCCACAAAAGAGCUCGCAUUGAGUUGGAGAAGGCAGCUAAUACUAAUGCUAGGAGCUACGAGCGAGAGGUUGACCGUAACCAGGAGCUCCUCACACGCAUAAAGCACUAUCAGGAAAAGGAAGUGGAGGCUGAGGCUAAACUGAAGGAACAAAUGGAGAUGAAUAAAUCCUUUAAGAAGAGCAUGGAGACUGUGAGCAAGAAGCUGCAGGAGAAGGAGAGCAAACUGGCUGAAGCUAAUGAAAUGAUCAGCGUAUUGAAAGGGAAAAUAUCUGAGUUGCAGUGGAGUUUAAUGAAUCAGGAGAUGCAAAUGACAAGCCAGGAAUCUCAGAAGCAGGAGCUGAUGGAACAGCUGGAUGUGCAACACCAAAAAUGUCAGGAGGCCAACCAACAAAUCCAGUUGCUGCAAGCAAGCCAGUCUCUGUUGGCAGAACAUGAGCAGAAAAUUAAGGAUCUGGAACAGAAGCUCUCCCUGCAGGAACAAGAUGCUGCAAUUGUGAAGAACAUGAAAACAGAGCUGGCCCGAUUCCCAAAGAUGGAGCGGGAACUGUUCCAGCUCAGGGAGGAUAAUGCCUACUUCAGGGAAAUGAAGGAAAACAAUGGGUUACUCAGAGAGGAGGUGGAAGGUCUCCAGAGGAAACUGGAGCGCUAUGAGAAGGUUCAGGCCGAUCUAGUGAACCUCGAAUUGGAGAAUGAGAAACUUCUGGGAAAGUUGAAAAGCUGGGAAAAACUAGAUGAGAGCACUGGCUUAAAUAUCAGGACCCCUGAUGAUCUCUCAAGGCAGAUUGUUGCCCUGCAACAGAGGGAGCUUGUGCUGAAAGAGCAGAACUCUACCAUCACAAACAGUGCCCGGAUAUUAGAGAAGGCUCGGCAGCAGCUACAGGAAGAGGUAUUACGGAUCCAGAGCCAGCUACUGGAUGAGAAGAAAAAGCGUGAGCAGCAUGAAGGUCUCGUCAGGCGCUUGCAGAAACGAGUGCUACUGCUUACCAAGGAGCGUGAUGGAAUGAGAGCAAUUCUCGAGUCAUACGACAGUGAGCUGACCCCAUCGGAGCACUCUCCUCAGCUGAGUCGGCGCAUGCAUGAGGCAGAAGAAAUGGUGCAGAAGGUGCAUGCGCACAACGCUGAGAUAGAGGCUCAGCUGUCCCAAGCUUUGGAAGAAGUGGGAACCCAGAAGCAAAGAGCAGAUAUGAUGGAGGUGGAGUUAAAGAGUCUGAAGUCUCAGGCAUGCACAGCAGCGCAGAGCACCUUCAUAACUACUGAGGAAGUGAACGCACUCAGGUUAAAAAUUGAAGAGUUGGAGGUUGAGCGAGGGCGGCUAGAAGAAGAGAACAAGACUCUGGAAAUGAAAUUGGAGAAGCUCACUCUCCAGGGUGACUAUGACCACAGUAAAACCAAAGUGCUUCACUUCAGCAUGAAUCCAGCAAGCCUGGCCAAGCAGCAGCGAAAGGAGGAACAGCACCAGCUCCAGGAAGAGUGUGAGAGGCUGAGAGAGCUGGUCAGGGUCCUGGAAGGAGGAGGCUCCAUCCCUGGGAAUCUGGAGAUGGUUGGAAGUUUGCAGUCAUCCCAAGAAAUUGCAGAGCUGAAGAAGCAAGUGGAGAGUGCAGAACUGAAAAACCAACGGCUGAAAGAGGUUUUCCAGACCAAGAUCCAGGAGUUUCGCAAGGUGUGCUACACACUGACAGGAUACCAGAUUGACAUUACUACUGAGAACCAGUACCGGCUCACCUCCAUUUAUGCUGAGCACCAAGGGGACUGCUUGCUCUUUAAGGGUAGCUGUGGGACCAGUGAAGGCCUAAUCCCUCCACCCCAUCUGAGCAGCAAGCAGCAGGGAGAAGGAGCAGCAGAUGUGGCCUCCAGCUCUUCUGGUGGGAAGAUGCAACUUCUGGAAACUGAAUUCUCUCUCACAAUCCGUGAGCUCAUUGACCUGCACUUGCUGCACCAGGACAGCAUACCAGCAUUCCUCAGCGCUGUAACCCUCGAACUCUUCAGCCGUCAGACCUGUGCUUAGCCCUCACUGAAUCCUAGCCUUGCGCCUUCUGGGCAUGGAUCGUGAAUGGAUGUGUGACUAUCAUUGUUUCACCACGACCAGCCUAAUGCAGUGGAAAGGGGAUCCAUGAGCUAGCCAUGCCAAGUUCUUUUUGUUUCUUCUGCUGCAUUUGGUUGCUUCCAAUUUCUUUUGAAGUCCCCUCUCUCCUUUUCUCUCCAAACGCUUCAGGGCUGUUUGAAGAGGCAACCAAGGAGUCUGAAGAAGGCAUUUCCUGCUUCCUUCUGAGCUGGAGUCACAUUCCUUUGGCCCAAAGCCCAGUUACUCCUUGACAAUGUUGGUCCAACCCAAAGGCCUCUUUUUUUUAAUGUUGAUUUUACUAACCAAUCUCUCUGACAGCUCUGAGCCCACCACACACAUGCAGAUUUCCACAGUAAUAUUUCCAGGGGAGACCAUGUAUAACUCCAGAGUGCCAGAGUUUUUGCCAACUCCCACCCCGCUAUUUAUAAACAUUGAAACCUUUUUAUUAAAUUGCCAGCCUCUUAUGUAGUCAGUCUCAACAGGAGUCGCUGUCGGGAAGAGCGUGAGAAUGCUGGCUUUGGGGAGCUCACAGCUUCUCGCAGGAGGAUCCUGUUGAAUUGGGUCUCAACCUCUCCCACUUGAAAGCUCUUUAAAGCAGAGAUCACAGGCUCUAGGGGAGAUGACAGCUCAAGCUGCCACCAACUAAUGAGGACUAAGGGUUGGCUUCUGGGAGUGCAGGAUGUUUGUGGACAACUGGAGUCAUGGAUAGUGGGGCCCUUUGGAUACAGCUCGCUGAUCAAUAAGUUGACAGUCUUUCAAGACAUAAAACUUUGCGAGAUCUAGUCCUUCAUAAUUCCAGAUCCUGGUUUGCCAGAACUCAGCACCUGGUAUACCCUUCUCUCUUUCUCCCUCUUGUGCUGUAUGCCCAGUGCUUAGACGUCAUUUGAGUGCUUUUCCUUCCUUGCGCAAGACUCUCAGGGGUUGCUUGGCUUAUCUCAAGAACAUAGGGAAAGGAGCAGGGAGUGGAGGGCCUCUUCGUGGUGUACUCACUGCAUUGCUAUUUUGUAGCCUAGUGUCCAUAGCCAGAGUUGUCACUUUCUUGUAUUACUGGGUGUAACCUCCACUGCCACCACCUCUCUCUCUCCUGACUCAGCUGAGGGAUCCUUCUGACAGCUCUGAAAUGUUGUACUAUGAUGGAGGGGUUUGGUUAGUUUGUUUUUCAGAAUAAAGUGUCACUUCUCCA